UUGAAUUUACAAAUUUCUCUAUCAUUAAUGAAUCUCUAUGUGCAUAAGGGUUCAUUGUUAGGAAUGUUUCCAUUAACUGGGAAAACAAUCGUCUUUGACAGCUUCCCUGAUCCCUCAGAUACAUGGGAGAUUAUUGAAACCAUUGGAAAAGGAACGUAUGGCAAAGUCUUUAAAGUAUUAAACAAAAAAAAUGACAGCAAGGCUGCAGUUAAGAUUCUGGACCCGAUCCAUGAUAUCGAUGAAGAAAUUGAAGCUGAAUAUAAUAUCCUCCAAGCUCUCUCAGAUCAUGAAAAUGUGGUCAAAUUCUAUGGAAUGUACUACAAGAAGGAUGUAAAGAAUGGAGAUCAGCUUUGGCUUGUACUAGAGUUGUGCAGUGGAGGUUCUGUGACCGAUCUUGCCAAAGGGCUGUUAAAACGAGGUGAGAGAAUGAGCGAACUGAUUAUUGCCUACAUCCUGCAUGAAGCCCUAAUGGGUCUGAAACAUUUACAUAACAACAAGACAAUCCAUCGGGACAUCAAGGGCAACAACAUCCUAUUAACAACAGAGGGAGGCAUCAAACUCGUGGAUUUCGGUGUUUCAGCUCAGUUAACUAGCACUCGCCUGCGUUGCAACACAUCUGUUGGAACCCCCUUCUGGAUGGCCCCAGAGGUAAUAGCAUGUGAACAACAACUGGAUUCCAGUUACGAUGUACGAUGUGAUGUUUGGUCUUUGGGCAUAACAGCCAUUGAACUUGCAGAUGGUAACCCACCACUAACAGAUCUACAUCCAAUGAGGGCACUCUUCAAGAUACCCAGAAAUCCACCUCCAAAACUGCAUCAGCCAGAGCUGUGGUCAGAACCAUUUAAUGAUUUCAUUGCCAUAUGCCUCAUUAAAGACUUUGAACACCGCCCGACUGUCUCCGACCUCCUGGAACAUCCCUUUAUCAGACAGAUUCAAGGAAAAGAGAAGGCCCUGCAGAAACAACUCAUGGAGCUCAUAGACCUUCACCAACAAAUGGGUGCCAUUGAAAAGACAAGGCAUGAACGUAUCCACACAAAGAAGGGCCAAGGCAUGAAGAGUAACCCCAUUUCAAAUCUGGUUAAUACAGAUGAUCUUGCCACACUUGAAGUGUUAGAUGAAAAUACAGUCACUGAGCAGCUGCAAAAGCGGUACAGUGAGGAACAGAUAUAUACCUAUGUUGGAGACAUCCUCAUCGCUGUUAAUCCAUUCCAGAAACUCAACAUCUAUUCCACAGAGGCUGUAUUUAAGAGCUCAACUGGAAAAGCAAAGCAUUCCCGACAGUACAUUGCCGCGAAGCGUGCUGCCAAUCCACCCCACAUCUUUGCUGUGGCUGACAUUGCCUACCAGGCUAUGGUCACUUACAACUCAGAUCAGUGCAUUGUCAUCAGUGGAGAAAGUGGCGCUGGGAAGACUGAAAGUACCCACUUCUUGGUUGAGCAGCUCACUGUCCUUGGAAAGACCAACAACAGGAUGCUGCAGGAGAAGAUUCUCCAGGUAAACAACUUACUCGAAGCAUUUGGAAAUGCCUGCACAGUGAUCAACAACAACUCCAGCAGGUUUGGCAAGUAUUUGGAAAUGAGGUUUACCAGUGGUGGGACAGUCAUGGGGGCUCAGAUCUCAGAGUACCUGCUAGAGAAGUCAAGAGUCAUCCACCAGGCUCCGUAAGUAAAGAAACAAAUCUUUGUUACUGUUUUAGAGCAACUUUCAAUAUGACAGGUCACAUCCAUUGAGAGUGUCAAAACAAUAAGAGGCAU